UCCCAAUCGACAUAGGGCAGGCCAGUUGGCCUAACUUUUGCAACCAAAUGAUUUUACUGUGCCCGGUCCACCGGUGUAUUGAAAAUGAGUAGCCUUAACAGUGGGGGGCGGGAUUAGAUUGUCGUCACCUGGGAGGCAGACUGGCUCAGCAGGUAAAACCUUCAGAGAGGUGUCCUCUUCAGAAUGCGGUUGAUGUUCACGGAACACUGGUGCUGUUAGACUGGAAUAUUAGGGCCUGCUUAGAGAAGUGAUUUCAAUUACUACGAAGCAUCUUAUUAACUAACAAGAAAACUACCCAGGAAGAGGAAAAAAGGACCAGGAAGGACAUUAAGCGUCGGAUAUACUGUAGAGAAAAGGAAGAGCAACAAAGCAGUUCAUAGCGUUGCUUCAGGCUUCAUGCUGUAGCCUAUGGGAGGACUAUGGUAACAAACGAGUCAUAGAAACUCACUCAUACGACCACACAUUUUCAUUGACUCAGUGAAUAAGGUAAACUAUUUAAUAGUCACUGUGCUCUCUGCCACACAACAUUCAUAUUGUAAAGACAUAGGUGAUAUGUACUUAUAUGGACAUAGGUGAUAUUUACUUAUAUAGACAUAGGUGAUAUAUAGAUAUUCAUACAGUAUAUACACAGAUAAAGUCCAGCAGACACACAUACAUUCACACGGGGACAAAUACAUAGACUGAAAGAACAUCAAGAACCAACACCCACACAAACUCCCAGAGGCAGCCAUGAGGUUUAUAGUGGUGCUAGGAGGCCUAACUAUCCUGAUCUCCAUGGGCCUGGCCCUGAUUGUCUUUGGCCAGCACCUGACGGAAGCCAACCUGACCCUGCAGAACCUGCAUCUGGAUCAGAGGGUGCGGGCAAGCGCCAACCAAUUCAAGGAGAGGCAGUGGCUGGAAAACCUGCUGAAGGGGCAGCUAGACUGGAAGAAGAAGAAUGUGGAGGAGAUGGAGGCCGAGGUGAACAAGCUGACCGAAGAGGAGGGGAAGAAGAAGACUGAGGUCGAGGCCUGCCAGGCAGACAAGAAACAAAAGGAGGACGAACUUGGACCCAUACAGAAGGAGCAGAGUGAUAUUGAAGCUACGUUCAAAACUGAAAAGGAGACUUGGACUGGGGAGAUCACCACUCUCAAACAGCAGUUGGAGCAGAGUAGCAAAGUGUGUUAUUUUGUAAAGGACUCAAUAGACACAGUGAAAUUAUGUCCACCCAAAGAAGGAGCAGCAAAAGCUGAAGCGGCCCCUGUACAAGGAGGUGAACCUGCCUCUGCAAAAGCUGAACCUGCCUCUGCAAAAGCUGAAGCGGCCCCUGUACAAGGAGGUGAACCUGCCUCUGCAAAAGCUGAACCUGCCUCUGCAAAAGCUGAAGCGGCCCCUGUACAAGGAGGUGAACCUGCCUCUGCAAAAGCUGAAGUGGCCUCUGCACAAGCUGAAGCAUCCCCUGUAAAAGCUGAAGAGGCCCCUGCACAAGCUGAAGCAGCCCCUGUAAAAGCUGAAGAGGCCCCUGCACAAGCUGAAGCAGCCCCUGCACAAGCUGAAGCAGCCCCUGCACAAGCUGAAGCAGCCCCUGCACAAGCUGAAGCAGCCCCUGUAAAAGCUGAAGCAGCCCCUGUAAAAGCUGAAUAAGCCCCUGUAAAAGCUGAAGAGGUCCCUGCACAAGCUGAAGCAGCCCCUGCACAAGCUGAAGAGGCCCCUGUAAAAGCUGAAGAGGCCCCUGCACAAGCUGAAGCAGCCCCUGCUCCAAAGCAGUAAAUCUCUCCAAUUUUCUCUCAGAAUAACAUUAAUGGUGUGUAGUCAUUCAUUCAUGAUGCGCACUCAUAUUUAUGUUGUUUGUUUGUGGGUAAUCUUGGAAACCCAGAACCGAAAAUCUCAUGUAAACUAUACUAUUUAUGUUAUGUAGUUUGUCCACAAGAGAUUAGGUUGUGGGCAUUGUCAGUGUGUCAGUUUGGCACACUAUGUAGCCUAAAGUAAUUAGGUGCUGUUUGUUUUUAAAAACUAUUCAUAUCUUAUCAGUUUUUAAAUAAAUGUUUAGUUUUUCA